GCGGCGGUAGAGUUAGAACGAAUGGCGCAAGCGAGGAUCCUGAGAGCAUGGCGUGUUAAAAGGGCGACAACCGUAGAGCUGAAGAUUUCUUCUUGAUCUGUUUCCUCUUUCUCAUUGCUUCUCCCCUCUUCCUCUGCUUUUGACCCUACUUGCUUCAUCAUUCUGCCUCGCGCUCGGCAUUUCUUCUUUGCUACUCGUCUUCGUCAUCACCUAGAGCGCCAGCAAUCCUUUCGCUAGUCCUCAGGGCCAAAUCAAGUGAAAUAAUAUGGGCAUGGCGAGUAGCAUGCGUUUGGCUAUCGCUCUUCUUUUUGCUGCAUGCGGGGUCGUCGUUUCUAUAACACCUCCGAUACGACUUCCUGCGUCAAUGCCUGUAGGAAGCACAGAGCAAGCAACGGGCGUGCCAACAGCGGUUUCCAUCACAGUUCCCGGUCAUUUCAGUAACUUCAAAGAAGCCAUAGAGAAAGGUCCAGAAGAUGUUGGAACCAUUCUCGUGCAGCCUGGUGAACAUCGAUGGGAAAACUUCUUAGAGAUAGGACAACAGCUGGAUAUUCGAGGGAGCAACGGGGCACUCCUUCCCGGGUCCUUGUGGAUGAAAAAGAGCAGCGGAGGUGAGAUGCAGGGCGUCGAGAUGGCCAAAGAGAGCGGCAGCUGCAUCAUCUUUGAGGGAGACUUGUCUGCUCUCGUUGGGCUGUCCUGUGGUGUAGAUAACUGUUUCAUGGGUGGCCUUGAAGACGGGCCGGGUUACUGCGUGAAUUGCCAGGACCACGCGCGGACGACCGUGGAAGUCGCUGUGUUUCACAGCGUUAGGACUCGAGUGCAGAACUGCAACUUCCAUGACAACCAGUUUGCGUUCCGUGCGGUCACAGCGAAGGACGCAACGUUGGAGCUGAUAGGGAACAACAUCAAUGGGGAGAUGUGGUACGACUCCGUACGGCCAGGGAACCUUGUCGAGCACGACAAUUCACAAGAUGGAGUGCAUAUGAGUGAGGCAACGGUGCAAGGAGCUUCACCAGAAGGAUUCUUCGAUCAGGCUCGUUAA